AAGUCUCCAGGCAGAGAGGGAGUCAUUUCACUGGCACUUGAGUCGGCAAAGAAAUCAAGAUGGCGAAAGUCCCUGACCUCUUUGAAGACCUGAAGAACUGUUACAGUGAAAAUGAAGACUACAGUUCUGAAAUUGACCAUCUCUCUCUGACUCAGAAAUCCUUCUAUGAUGCAAGCUAUGACCCACUUCCUGAGGACUGCAUGGAUACAUUUAUGUCUCUGAGCACCUCUGAAACCUCUAAGACAUCCAAGCUGAACUUCAAGGAGAGCGUGGUGCUGGUGGCAGCCAACGGGAAGACUCUGAAGAAGAGACGGUUGAGUUUAAAUCAGUUCAUCACCAAUGAUGACCUGGAAGCCAUUGCCAAUGAUCCAGAAGAAGGAAUCAUCAAGCCCCGAUCAGUACAUUACAACUUCCAGAGCAAUACAAAAUACAACUUUAUGAGGAUCGUCAACCACCAGUGUACUCUGAAUGAUGCCCUCAAUCAAAGUGUAAUUCGAGACACAUCAGGUCAAUAUCUUGCGACUGCUGCAUUAAAUAAUCUGGACGACGCAGUGAAAUUUGACAUGGGUGCUUAUACAUCAGAAGAGGAUUCUCAACUUCCUGUGACUCUAAGAAUCUCAAAAACUCGACUGUUUGUGAGUGCCCAAAAUGAAGAUGAACCCGUACUGCUAAAGGAGAUGCCUGACACACCCAAAACUAUCAAAGAUGAGACCAACCUCCUCUUCUUCUGGGAACGUCACGGCUCUAAGAACUACUUCAAAUCGGUUGCCCAUCCAAAGUUGUUUAUUGCCACAAAGCAGGGAAAACUGGUGCACAUGGCAAGGGGGCAACCCUCUAUCACUGACUUUCAGAUAUUGGACAACCAGUUUUGACUCUGGAGUCUACUCACUUGUGAAGUGUUGACAGUCUGUAUGUACCAUGUACAUGAAGGAGUCGAAUCCUUUACUCUCAGUCACUUGCUGAGCAUGUGCUGAGCCUCUGUAAUUCUAAAUGAAUGUUUACUCUCUUUGUAAGAGAGGGAGCAAGGUCUAGUGGAACCAACAUUAACAUAUAAUGUUGUCUGUUAUUUAAAGAACACCCUAUACUUUGCAAAGUACCAAUCAUUUUAAUUAUUACUCUUCAUAACAAUCUUGGGAGGACCAUGGCUACUAAAAAGACUUUACCCAUAUUACAGAUGGAUUAACUAAGGCAUGAGAAAACUAAGAAAUACCCACAAUAGCAGCUGGAAUGAGAAGCCAUAGACCCAGGAUUUCAUUUCAACUGCUCAACUUCUGCUUUUUCAUUGCUGAUGGACCCUUAAUCAAAUACUGAAAGUUUUGGGGACUUCAGUUAGAUCAUCUUCAAAACAGAGGAAAUUAUACCUAUACCCUUCCUGCCUCAACAAUAUUUUGUGCCAACCAAUGAGAUCAUUUUAGUAAAACGCUUCUUAAAGUUGAGCCUCAAGAAGAAGGCAAAGCAUGAAAUAUUAAGUUAUUAUUUAUAUAUUUAUAUAUAUAUUUAUAAGUAUAUUGUUAAGAUAAUUAUAUUAUUAUAUUUAUGGCAGUCCUUGUAAUCUCUGAGUGUGACCAGGCAUUAUCAAUCGCAGUAGACAGUGUUUUCCAGGCUGAGUGAGUUUGAGUGAGUUACACUAAGGCACUUUGGUCCCAGUUGUACUUUUCCAUUGCCAUGAAGCUCUGUAUUCUAGUACCUGAGAGCCCAGUAAUUAUGAUAGUAAAUUUACAUUAAUUA